CAGGCGCUGCCCGCGGACGCUGCCUUUCAACAUGCCCAGGAGGAAGCAGCAGGCGCCCCGGCGCGCAGCAGAAAUGACAUCAAGUGAUUCAGAACUUCAAAAUCCAGAGAGAAAUGAAGUUGUGGAAAGCUUAUGUUUCGGAUGAACUGAAGGCAGCUGCGAUGGUGGAAGAUGACCUAGAACCUGAUGACAACGUAGUUGACGGAGAACCUUCUGCCAAAUACACUUGUCCGGAAAAGGACUUCAGUAAGAACUGCCAGAGUUACCAAAACUCUCCAGCUGCUGAGUUUUCCAGUCAUGAAAUGGACAGUGAGUCACACAUCAGUGAGACAAGUGACCGAAUGGCUGACUUUGAGAGCGGCUCCAUCAAAAAUGAGGAGGAGACUAAAGAGGUUUCGAUACAGCUGGAAGAGUCUGUGGUGUCGGACAGCUUGGAGCAAAUGAAAGCCGUCUACAAUAACUUUCUCUCCAACUCGUACUGGUCCAAUCUGAAUUUGAAUCUCCACCAGCCAACCUCUGAAAAAAACAACAGGAGCAGCAGCAGCAGUAGCAGCAGCAGCAGCAGCUGUGGAAGUGGCAGCUUCGACUGGCAUCAGACGGCCAUGGCAAAAACACUGCAGCAAGUUUCACAGAACAGGAUCCUUCCCGAGCCCAGCCUUUUUAGCACAGUCCAGUUGUACAGACAAAGCAGCAAGCUUUAUGGCUCCAUAUUUACUGGAGCCAGUAAAUUCCGCUGUAAAGACUGCAGUGCUGCUUAUGAUACUUUAGUAGAAUUGACAGUGCACAUGAAUGAAACGGGACAUUAUCGAGAUGACAACCAUGAAACGGACAACAAUAACCCUAAAAGAUGGUCCAAGCCUCGUAAACGGUCUUUGCUUGAAAUGGAAGGGAAAGAAGAUGCCCAGAAAGUAUUGAAGUGUAUGUACUGCGGCCAUUCCUUUGAAUCACUACAAGACUUGAGUGUUCAUAUGAUCAAAACAAAACAUUACCAAAAAGUGCCUCUGAAGGAACCCGUAACCCCUGUAGCAGCAAAAAUUAUUCCAGCCACUCGAAAGAAAACAUUGUUGGAGCUAGAACUCCCGAGUUCUCCAGACUCCACUGGUGGGACUCCAAAAGCAACAAUCUCCGACGCCAACGAUGCGCUUCAAAAGAAUUCCAAUCCUUAUAUUACACCGAAUAAUCGAUAUGGACACCAGAACGGUGCCAGCUAUGCUUGGCAUUUUGAAGCGAGGAAAUCUCAAAUCCUCAAGUGCAUGGAAUGUGGGAGUUCCCACGAUACUUUGCAGGAGCUCACUGCCCACAUGAUGGUGACGGGACACUUCAUUAAAGUCACCAACUCCGCCAUGAAGAAAGGGAAGCCAAUUAUAGAAGCCCCCGUCACGCCAACCAUCACAGCUCUGCUGGAUGAAAAGGUACAGUCCGUGCCUCUUGCAGCCACAACAUUCACGUCUCCAUCCAAUACACCAUCUAGCAUCUCCCCCAAAUUAAACAUGGAAGUAAAAAAAGAAGUUGAUAAGGACAGGAUAACUGCUGAUGAGAAGAUGAAAGACAAGGAAAAAUCAAGCGAAGAUGAGGAAAAAUACGAUAUCUCCUCAAAAUAUCAUUAUUUGACUGAAAAUGACUUGGAAGAGAGUCCCAAAGGGGGACUUGAUAUCUUAAAAUCUCUAGAAAACACUGUCACGUCAGCUAUUAACAAAGCCCAGAACGGCACGCCAAGUUGGGGUGGCUAUCCCAGUAUUCAUGCUGCCUACCAACUACCCAACAUGAUGAAGUUGUCCCUAGGCUCAUCGGGGAAAAGUACCCCCUUAAAACCGAUGUUCGGAAAUGCUGAAAUAGUGUCACCAACCAAAGGCCAGCCAUUAGUCUCCCCACCCAGCAGCCAAACAUCCCCUGUGCCAAAAACAAACUUCCAUGCCAUGGAAGAGCUGGUCAAGAAAGUCACAGAGAAGGUGGCCAAAGUGGAAGAGAAAAUGAAGGAGCCUGAAGCAGGGAAACUUUCGCCAAUGAAGAGAGCGACGCCUUCACCAUGUAGCAGCGAAGUCAGCGAGCCACUCAAGAUGGACACUUCCAGCGACAUUGGGCUCAAGAGCCAACAUAAUAGCCCAGUUUCUCAGAGGGAGAGCUGCAAGGACAGCCCAACGGGAGAACCAAUGGAAAAUGGCAAAGAGCUUGUCAAGGCAAUCACCAAUACUCUGAGCAGCAGCACAGCUAUUAUCACUGACCACCCUCCAGAACAGCCAUUUGUAAAUCCAUUAAGUGCAUUACAGUCUGUCAUGAAUAUUCAUCUUGGGAAGGCAGCUAAACCUUCUCUGCCUGCUCUAGACCCAAUGAGCAUGCUUUUUAAAAUGAGCAACAGCUUAGCAGAAAAGGCUGCUGUGGCUACCCCACCUUUGCAGUCCAAAAAGCCAGACCACUUAGACCGUUACUUUUACCAUGUCAACAAUGACCAGCCCAUAGAUUUGACAAAAGGCAAGAGUGACAAAAGCUGCUCUUUGGGUUCAGCGCUUUUGUCAUCCACAUCGGCGUCUUCCGCAUCUUCUUCAUCUACAGUGACAACAGCAAAGACAUCUGCGGUGGUGUCAUUCAUGUCAAACUCGCCGCUCCGCGAGAAUGCCUUGUCAGAUAUCUCUGAUAUGCUGAAGAACCUGACAGAAAGCCACACGUCAAAAUCUUCCACACCUUCCAGCAUCUCUGAGAAAUCUGACGUUGACGGUACUACAAUAGAGGAACCGGAAGAGACAACCCCAGCUCAGAAAAGGAAAGGACGCCAGUCCAACUGGAAUCCUCAACACUUGCUCAUCCUGCAGGCCCAGUUUGCAGCCAGUUUGCGGCAGACGUCGGAGGGGAAAUACAUCAUGUCGGACUUGAGCCCUCAGGAGAGGAUGCACAUUUCCAGGUUUACGGGACUCUCAAUGACCACUAUUAGCCACUGGUUGGCCAAUGUGAAAUACCAGCUCCGAAGGACAGGAGGGACAAAGUUCCUUAAAAAUUUGGACACCGGGCACCCGGUGUUUUUUUGUAAUGACUGUGCUUCACAAAUCAGAACUCCUUCAACGUAUAUCAGUCACCUUGAAUCGCAUCUAGGUUUUAGGCUACGAGACUUGUCCAAACUGUCCAGUGAACAGAUCACCAACCAGAUAGCACAAACAAAGUCCCCCUCUGAAAAACUGUUGGCAUCUUCACCAGAGGAAGAAAUAGGAACCUCCUACCAGUGUAAACUUUGCAACAGGACUUUUGCAAGUAAGCAUGCUGUUAAGCUCCAUCUCAGUAAAACACAUGGAAAGUCUCCAGAGGACCAUCUCCUGUACGUGUGCGAACUAGAAAAACAGUAGCAUUUACUUUUGACACACAAAUACCAACAACAAUUGUACUUGGCUUUGAGGAAAAAAAGAAAGAAGCCUUAAAGCUGCCUUUUCCUGUUCUUGGCACAUAAUUUUUAUUUUAACUCUGGGGUGUCACUCUGGCCUGAACUACUUCUCUCUUUUGUUGUAUAACUUGUACAGUGUUUGAUAGAGGUGCAUAAUCAGCUGUUGUUACUGGUAAAAUAUGAAGGUUAAAACGCAGUGGUAAGUGUUUGGAACUUUGUGUAAAUUGGGGUUUAGUUGCUGUGCAUCCCUCUGAUGCCUGAGCUGCAUGCAUUGACAAGACAGUUUAAUUAAGCAUUUAUUAACUAAUUCUGGUGCACUUUUUUCAUGGUGACUUAAGUGUGCUGGUAGUUCUCACCCUGUAAAUCUUUAGCCCUCUGAGUACUUUGAAGCACUUUUGCAUUAAUUUGGGUUUUUUUUAAAAAAAUAAAGUAAAAUAAUAAAGUAUGAUAUGUUUUCCUUUAAAAAUAAAAUAAAAUCCCCUUCCAAUUUAGGAGACAUCCAAGCAACUCUAAAAAUGGGCUUGAAUAAGAUGUGCCACAAACCAAUGCAUUAGUUGGUUCCCCAUCUGGCUAGUUCAGCUUUGCUAUAAUGUUUGAGUGGGAAUUCACAUGAAGAACAUAGACAAGCAUCUCCUACAUGACUUUCUCUUUGGAUGUUGCAUAGAAUUGCCACCAGUUUCAUGCACAAGGCACUUGAGCAUCUGUGUGGUGGCAUUUCCUGUAACGUCUCAAAUCGCUUAUAUUUCAGGGAUCUGAUUCCUUGUUCCAGCGCUUCCAAUAUCCAUAGUUCAGAUUAUUUGUGAUGUUUUAGCCCUCACUGGCCCUUCUUCCAUUGGUUCUCGUGGAUGACAUGGAGCAGCAGUCCUCACAGUUUGGCUUUCGGGGUGUGUGUGUGCUUAGAUAUCCUACAAGAAGCAGCAGACAGCAUAAUGGGGCUAUGCCUUUCCCCUGACCUCUGUCUGACUGAGUCGUUCCAGCAUACCAGGGCGGAGAGGAGGAGAGCCGCAGCGGCUAUGAGCUCAGCAUGGUCCCAACGUGCCAGCAAGAUUGGCUUCCCUAGCACGUUGGCAGUGUGCUGACCGUGCUGCUGCUACACCCAUCCCUCUGCCCAUCACAGUAUGCUGCAGCAACUCAGCUGGAGAGAUGUCAGGGGAGCGGCGCAGCCCCACCGCGCUGUCUGUUGCUGUCCACAAGGAAAGCUACUUGCCUUUCCCUGGGUGCCUCUGGCUGUGCGGUACCAUGCCCAACAAGGACCAUAGGAUGCUUCCAUCUGGGCAUGCCCUUUGUUGGAGUUAACUGAUGAACUUCCAUGUAUGCAGGGGUGGCACCCAUCUUGAACUUUUAAACGCUAUUAUUUUCACAUUGAAACACAAAUGUAUAUAUUGUAUAGAUUUCAAAAUCCUCGUAUGGAAAAUGUGAUUGUGGACAAUGCCAUUUCUUCUUCGUCGACAUUUUUAUCAAUGAUGGAUUUUGUACCUAAUAUGCUCCAAGUAUAAGUGGUACCUAUAAAUAUAUAAAUAUAGAUAUAUAAAUAUAUAAAAUAAUAAUGUAUAUUUCUUUUCUAGGUCAAAGGCUUUUCUUUUAACAUCUGAACAAUGUAAAUUAUAUGAAAGAUACGACAGAUAGCAUUUAUAAAAUAUUCAAAGAAGCAUUAUUCUUGAAGCAAAGUAUGGUUGUUUUCCUUUUGCUAUACAGUACAUCUAUAUUGAUAGAGGUUCAUGUUUAAAUUAUACAUAUUUAUUAGUUGUUUGCUACCUUUUUUAAGGGAAAAAAAGCAUUCUGAUAACAGAAGCCACGGACUGGCGUGCAUCAUUCCUGUUUUGCACAACAUGAAUUUUAAAGGUAUUUAUUAGUAAAAUGAAUAAAAGGAAAUUCAAAAGAGAAAAUUCAAAAUCAACUCAGUGCUCAAAGGGUUAAAUCUAUUUGGGGGGUGGGAGAAUUGAAGGGGGGGACUUGUACUGUAUUUCCUAACAUUGAUAUAUAGAUAUAUAUAUAUAAAGCCUUUAAAAUGUUUGUACUGUAAUACUUUGCUUAAAAGUUAUGAGGCAUUCUGUGAUAUAACCUCUUCUUAUUUAUAAGCACCCUUGGUUGUUAUUCCUAUCGUAGAAUGCCCUCUCUCUCUCUCUCUCUCUCUCUCUCUCUCUCUCUCUCUCUCUCUCUCUUCCUUUUCAGUUGGUAACUUUCUGUUUUGUUCUUCCUAAUUAUUCUCCCAAGAUUUCAUACUGCAGUUUUAUCUUUAGGCAUAUGAAAGGUAACCCGUGGUUACCAGCACACUAAGUGAUUCUGUUCGUCUCCAUUUUUGGCAGUUAAUUUGCAGAAGUAACUGACAGCUGACACCAUAUGAGAAUCUAUGUGUACAAUAUUGGCAUGUAAACAGCACAGACCCAGAAUCGCACACUCUGUGCCCCUGUUCUGUUGUUGACAAUGUGGCACCAUUAUAUGACUCUUCAUAUAACCUUUUUUUUCUU